UCGACCGUCCAUUGUGCGGGCCUCACAACGGGACCCGCCGAUGGUUGAAAUGGUAUCGGUUCACCUGAUCAGUAGACCAUGUUGCCCACCAACGAGCGUUUCGAACAGCGCAAGCGAUUGCGUUGGACUCUCCUUUUAAGAUGUGGGUGAGGCGGUAUGUUUCGAUUCUUUUCACUUGGGAAAUGGGGAACUGGCUGACUGACCAACAGAGCGUUCUCCUUCUUUCCAUAGCCGUCGACGUUAAGAAAGUUCAUUCCCACCCUUUUGACCGUCUCCUCUCUUUCUCGAUCGAACCAAAUUAUAAAUCCAAAUUCUAAUUCUUCGCACCCUUUCGCACGUAAAUCCAUUCCCUUCUCUCUCUCUCUCUCUCUCUGUCUCACUCUCUCUCUAUCCGCUUGCUCCUUCUCGAAACGUCAACUUUUGCCUAUGUGUCUUUGAACAGAGUCCUUGAUUUUGUGUACAGGACCGAAUACCCAGGUUCCUUGUUCUUCUUCAUUGUCCCCUUCAAGCCUGAAUUCGAACUGGGUUCCCCAAGAAAUUGAGAACCGGAAAUAUCCCUGGUUAUUGUUUAUCUUCUUGAUACGUUUCUGAGAGUAUUUGCUCGGGGAAAGUUGACUUUUUUUAUUCCUUGGGAGAACACACGGCUUGGGACGUCGAGAGUUCUUAUAUGGGGUUGCCACCCUGCCCGGCGUGAUGGCGAUACUCGCAUGUUCAAGAUGGUUCUGUGAUGCUCGUCUUUUUCUCUGCUAAACUCCUACAUUAUGACUCUUUCUCCGUCUUCUUUUUUGCCUUAAAUAAAAAUCAUCAUGAUGAACAAGUCACAAUUGUUUAUUGUAUGGCACGUCUGCUUGCUGGGCAUUUGUGCAAUCUCUCUCUCUCUCUCUCUUCUUUCUUCUUCUUCUUCUGGUUUUUGUGGGUGAAUUUGUGUUUCGACUAUAUGCAGUUGGGAGUGUUAGGAUUUUCGCCGUGAAAAGUAAGAUGGAAUUUUUUUGAAAAAUGCUUUUUUUUUGUUGGAGGGGGUGGUGCUUGGGAUGUGAGAUUGGCGAUUUCUUUUCUCUUGCUCAUUAAUAUCAUUCAUCACCUUGCUCAUAUGCCUUUUUCGCCCUCGUAUGUAAACGUUAUCCAAUCCACAUGAGAUCUUUCAGUUUCUCCAAUUCAUUGAUGGUUGCAAUUUCCGGUUCAUGAUUGUGCUAUUCCGACGGAACGCGAAUUCAUUUUUCGAAGGUCAUUGCCUGCUCGACAUCGUCACUGUUCCAUUGGUGAGAAAGUGCAGUUCCGGUUGUGACAUUGAUGAAUCAAGAGAGGAUCAAGAAGAAGUCAUUCUCUAAGAAAGUUAUGGGGAUGAAGAAUUGGAUCGGAACGAAGUUGAAGAUGAAUUUAGGCGACUGCCCUGAUCAACAGCAGGGUUCGGUACUUGAGAGUUCUUGUCUCGGGGGCAUCGGGCGAAUGCCACUGGAUCGAAAUGUUCAGACCUUCAGGGUUUAUGUUGCAACAUGGAACGUUGGAGGCAAAUCUCCUCGUGGAAGCCUCAAUUUAGAUGAAAUUCUUCAAGUCCAUGAUCCAUCAGACAUAUAUGUUUUGGGUUUUCAGGAAAUCGUCCCAUUGAAUGCCGGGAAUGUGCUUGUGAUUGAAGACACUGAACCUGCAGUGAAGUGGCUCACAUUAAUAAACCAGUCACUCAACAAACCGCAUAAUGCUGCUUAUAGAGGACUGAAAGCUAGCCCCGCUAUUACCAGUUCACUUUUCUUCCCGAAGCCUUCCCUUAAGAAGAUCAGUAAAGUUUUUAGGACGGAGAGUAGAAGGCGGCUUAAGGCUUGCAAUUGUCCAUCUGAUUUAGAGAGGAAAAACAGUAAAGAUCUCUGCUUUCGGUGUCAACAGCCAAAUAUAAACGAAGACGACAUCUCUUCAGAGGAGGAAGAUGAUGGAUCAAACGGUUUUGAGAUAACGGAGAUUGCAGCUGCUUCUGUCGGUAAUCAGAUGAAGUACGGUCUCAUAGCGAUUAAGCAGAUGGUUGGAAUUUUUGUCACGGUAUGGAUCAGGAGAGAGCUCGUGCAGCAUGUAAGCCAUUUAAGAAUCUCGUGCAUUAGCCGUGGGAUCAUGGGAUGUCUCGGUAAUAAGGGUUGCAUUUCAGUUAGUAUGUCAUUCCAUCAGACGAGCUUUUGCUUUAUAUGCAGUCACCUGGCAUCUGGGGAAAAGGAAGGCGAUGAGCUCAGGAGAAAUUCGGACGUGAUAGAAAUUCUCAAGAACACUCAGUUCCCAAAGAGAUGCAGAAUCCCUAACAGCAGGAUACCGACGAAAAUAUUAGAACAUGACCGGGUCAUUUGGUUGGGCGACUUGAAUUACCGAAUUUCUUUGAGCUAUCCCCAGACUAUAGGGCUCAUGGACCGAAACGCAUGGGAUGCACUGUUCGACAAAGAUCAGUUGAAGAUUGAAAGGGAGGCAGGCCGAGUGUUCAAGGGAUGGAAGGAGGGAAAGAUCUCCUUUGCGCCUACUUACAAGUUCUCAUACAACUCAGACGCCUAUGCAGGAGAGAAUGUGAAAUCGAAGGACAAAAGGAGAACUCCGGCAUGGUGCGACCGAAUACUAUGGCACGGAAAUGGGAUACGACAAAUUUCUUACUUUCGAAGAGAGUCCCAGUUUUCGGAUCACCGCCCGGUUUGCUCGGCAUUUUUGGUGGAUGUCGUAGUUACUGAGACUGGAACAAGGAGAGUGCCAUUCGGCCCUAACAUGAAGGUUGGAGCUGAAGAACUUCUACCUCCUAUCAGUAGAUAGGUGUCGACACUAAAACGAAUUCGGAAUUGAUCGCAUCCCUCUUCAAAGUUGAAGAUAAAAGUUUUGCCAAUUUCUCAAACUGAGUAGGAGCAAAUGCACUCACAAUGGUAUAUUUUCUUGUUUGGCAAGCAAACCCUUCGCAGCUUCUUUGCAACUGUACGUACGGAAUCAGUCAUAUGAUAGCAAUGGAAAUUUUCAUUUGCAAAUGAAAUGGUGCUCAAAAUGGUAGUGCUCUGCUCAUGCUGCUAGAUGAUGCCUUAUUCUUCAAUGGAGGGUGUAAAUCUCGUUCCUUUAAAUAUAAAGGCAAUGAAGGGAAAGGAUGAAGGGGAUUUUGUCAGAUUAUUUUUUUAAGCUUUUUCUCUUCUUCUGGCGCGGUUUGA